AGGUCUCGAUUAGCUCGGUGCUUCACAAUGGACGGAGCGACGGAAGACACGGAGUAGAGAAAGUUUAAUGAACUAUCUUUUAAUUUUACACACCUUUUCUUCAGUAUGAGUGGGAGAGCACGCUGAGAAAGACGGCUAAGCGAUGUAUUACUCCAGUAAAAGACGGGGAGAAGAUGGAAUCGCUGCCAUCAUCGACUUCCUGCUGUCUAACGCACGGCUGGUGCUCGGGGUGGGCGGGGCUGCAGUGCUGGGCAUCGCUACGUUAGCCGUGAAGAAGUUUAUAGAGCGCGCCGGCCGACCUCCCGACGAUGAGAAGCCCGAUAAGAAGAUGACGGACAGCUGGGAGGAGCUCGGUCUGGUCAGCGCGUCGCCCAAACUGCUGCGAAAGGGCAUCGAGGGAGUGGUGAUGAAACAGAUCACUGCAGCUACCAAGAAAGCGGACCUGUCUCAGCCUCCACCGCCUCAGAAGAGCGAGGCAGAAGCGAAUCCCCGAAGUAAGCGGGCGGACCUGUGCGUGCUGACAUUCGCGGAGCGUCUGCAGCAGUAUUACCGCACACGCGUGUGUCUGUCUGCCGACGAGGUGUCCAGGGCUAAGCAGCGGGCUCUGGACAUCGCCACGGAGAUCCACGCCUUCCUGCGCUCCAAACACGCCGACAUGCCGCUCGGGGAGAUGACCCUGGGGGGGUCGCUGCUCGAUGACCUACAGGUGGUCAAAGCUGAUCAUGCCUGCCUGCUCGUGCCUCUACAGCUGGAGCCCAGUCUGUGGACCCCUAUAGCGGGAGAGGACACCUUUCUGGGCCACCCUCAGUACUGCAUGCUGCGCCGUGAAAACCUGGAGUAUUUCCCGCGUGGGCGGAGCUACUGGGACCGCCACCUCCUGGGCGGCUACCUCUCGUCCCGGCUGGUCGCCGAGCAACUGGGCAAGUCCAUAAUGGAGUCCAUGAACUGGCCAUCGCUGAGCGGGACCCUGGAGUGCGAGGUGCGGCCGGUGCUCGGGUCUUCGGCGCUCAAGCUCGAGAUCCGCGGCCUCAGUGAAAGAAACCUCAGUGAAGAGGAGCAGCUGUUCAUCAGCGUCCUGCCCACAGUGCGCCUGGGGGAAAUGACGCUCACGGCCCAGCCGGAAAUCACAGGAUCCUUCGACUACGUCUGGUACCAGAGCCUGUACACCAGCGAAACCGCCCGACUGGCCAGCCUCGACCAGUCCGGCGGAGGAUCGGAGGUCAGGAGGAAGUGCCUCAAAACAUUGAAGGCUGCGUGCAGGAACUGCCCCGCCCUCCACAAGCUCACGGGCGCCCAGCUCAGCAACGUUAUCCUGCACAUGAGCGAGAAGGAAUCUGAUUGGUCGGAAUCUGCCUUUGCUGAUAGGUUCCAGCAGGCCAUCACAGAGAUGAUUGGCUACUUGGAGAUGGGAGUCCUGCCCAGUUAUUUCAAACCCGCUGUCAAUCUUCUGCAGGGCUUCACCGAAGACGACAUUGACGAGAUGGGCUUCAUGCUCUACUGCGCCGUGAGCGAGCCGGAGAUACUGCUCAUAUGAAUCAUCUCGGCUUCAGAAUGCGCACAGCUGCAAACGUAUGGAUUCAUAUCGUCGCUGUCCAGCCUCCUCCCCCACACUGUCUGGACUUUAGGUGAUGGAUGGAGCAAUAGAGAUGGUCCAGACUUGUUUUUUUUACAUUUAACUUAUACUAUCGUUCUCCUAUAAAGUCGAAGAGGAAUUCCACCGAUUUUUCCAAAUUUCUGCGAAAUUCACCUGUUCAGAUGUAAACAGAAUGACGCGACGUGGUUUGGUGAGAGAUGGUUCGUUUUAGACAGUCAGGUUUGUGUACAGUGGUGGUGUGUUGCUCAUCCAAAUCAGCCAGUUAACUUGUGUUUUCUCAGUUUUUAUGUAGAGGUGAUGAUAAAAUAGUGAGACCUUUUCUUUGGGGACCGUUUAUUUUUUUGCCUUCAUUUUGAAAGGAAAUCUUCUCAGAACCAUCGUUAAACUAAAAUGUCUCAUCCAACAUUUUUGCAACCAUUAAAUGUAAUAACUUUCUAUGAAGGAGCUUUUAGAGGCAUUAACCCCUUCAGACGUCUGGCCCCUGUAACCACCACUGUGAACAAUUCUGACUCCCUAGAACGAAGCGUUUCACGUCAAACCACCCUGAAUGACUUUGCCUUAACAGUUGGAAUUGUGAAGUUCUGAACGAAUGCAGGAAUUCCCUUUUCAUAUUUUGGAGAUAUGAGGUUUUGUUCUGGCGGCGAUGAUACAUACCAUUACUGUACGCUGCUAAGCCUGGGAAUGUCCCUCUCAGUGCUCUGUACGUGUCACUGUUUUACUGCUCACUCCGAAAUGGCUUGAUAAAGUUGACUAGUUGAAUCGGGUGUACUGGGAGCAGGAGAAACAAAAAAUGUGCAGAGCAGGGGGUCUGCAUGACGAACUGAGACCCCAGGCUUGGUCGGAGUACAUCCUUCAUAGCAGGGGUCUCCAGUCUGGAGUCAGUGUGGCUUUAGGUUUUCUUUCCGACCAGGUGGAAACAGACCUGCUCAGCUGUCUGAGACAUUUGAUGAAGUGGACUCGGAGGUCUUCCUGCUCCAUUAGAAUUAAAGCCUGCAGCCGCACUGGCGCUUCGUGGACGAGAUUGAAGACCCCGUUCCGUGACCUGGUGCAGUUGGUAAACAUUUGUGCUGUAAAGCGAGAAACGGACACGCUGUGGUCUUAAUUAUGGCCGUUUAAACUAUGCAGUGAUGUGCAGUAUGAAUGCGAGACACUCGCUGAGCCGGUAUGAGUCCUGCAUCGCCUUGUACUUGUUACACGAGGUGGCGCAAGGCAGACGGAAGCCGUCGGACUGAGUACAGACACUAUAUUAACCCUCAGCUACCAGUGGCAGCCGACAGCAUUGCCUUCUCUUUAAUACCCCACUCCUGUGGUGACGGGUGAGCUACACUGGGCUGGUUGUAGCCGCAGAGUUGAGUUCUAGUUAUGCAGCAGCACUUUUCGCUCGGCUUGGCACGUUAGGCGUUAGGGUUCCUCACAGAAACGCACACCAGAACUGUGAAUUUCCUCUCCGUUCGGAAGCGUUUUUGCCUUUGGGAAAAGCAAUAAAGCACGACCGUGGUUCAUUUCCUGAAACCUUUAUUUUACCUACUGAAUUUCUUUUGGCGGUUCUGAGUUUUUCUCUCCUGGAUGCGUGUUAAUGUUGUUUGGGCUGGGUUGGCACAGCCUGCCAGACGUGUACUACAGUUUAACAAGGAUGUGUAAAGAUAUUUAUAAUUAAACCUCAUCUUUGUGUCUUGGUGCCUAAAUAAAGAGCUUAUUUGAAUAAA